AUGAAUGGCAUUAUCCACAAUCUUUCACGGAAACAUCUCACAGGGGCAGUUAGUACCAAGAUCCAACAAAUGCUUGGCCAACUUCAUUCAGCAGAGUCAUGCUCAAAAACACCAAAUCCUAUCAUUACAGAUGCGCAAAUUAAAUCAUUGGCCAUGGUGCCGCUCUUUGAGCAAUUGUAUCACGUCAUGUUCCUGAUUAUGAAGCGAUAUCAAGGCGCGUCCCGUCUGUUUAUUGCUCUUGACGGAAUAGCUCCAUUGGUAAAAUGGGAGCUUCAAAAAAGAAGGCGAUUUCGCUACGACAAGACCUCAAAUAUGGGCUCCGAGACUUUUGGAAGGGAAGCACUGACACCGGGAUCAUCAUUGAUGUUUUUAAUCGAGCGAUGUCUGUUUUGGAUUGCUAAAGAUUUUCUGAUGCAACAGAACUCCAUGCACACAAACCCUCAUAGCAAGAAAAAUUCCUUUGUCGUUAUAGAUAGUGCCUGUAGAGCAGGAGAAGCGGAGUGGAAGAACAUCCAACACCUGAAAAUCUCGAUUAAUGAGCAAUUCUCAGCAUUGAGAACCUCUGCUUCUCCUUUUGCUUCUUCGUCUUCGAUUUCGCUUUCUAAACUUAUGAGGGGAGGUCCCCGCAACUUUUAUGAAACGCGCAGACUUUUAUGUGCCUCAGAUGCAGACUCGAUGUUAAUGACGCUAGCCUAUCCGAUCCAGUCGUUAUUCACGGUCGACGUGUCAUAUUCUACGCAUAAAAAUAGUCUUUUUUCUCCGCAUUCAAUUAUAAAGUCCCUUGCUCUAAUAAAUCCCACAGGCUUUCUAGAGCUUCGAGAUGGUCUCUUUUUGCUUUCGCUUUUAUGUGUCGGGUCUGAUUAUGUCUCUAGACUCCAAGGAAUGCCAAGCCUAACCUAUUCAUGGACGUGUUUUAUCACGUGGACGAAAAGCUUUUCCAACGUGCUUGAAUGGAAGUUAAUUGAUAGAUCGAACCGCUCCAUUAAUGUCGAGGCUUUACAAAAUUUCUUAUCCUUUUGUCAGUGCUCAAGCAAGAAUAUGCCGGACCCCGAGAUCUUUUCCGAGUAUCCAGAAACUGCAAGCGUAUUUGAUUCCGAUAUCGAAGGAAAAGACAAUCGCAAAGGGGACUCGGACAAAAAUAUGUCGCCCCCCUUAAAGCCUUGCUCAAUUGACUCGUAUCUCUCAAUUUUAGUCUCUAAUCUAGAUAUUAUUUUCACAGGGGUUUGUAGGUUCUUUUUCUUGGAUCGCGUAUUAUCGCCGUCUAUUGACGACAUUAUUUCAUGGAAGCCAACACACAAGCAUGCAAAGACACCCAUUUGUGGAUCUCCAGAUCCUUCGCUUCUUGUUCCUGGGGCUUAUGCUAUGAUGCUGCUGCCAAAGAAAAAAUACUCUUGCUUAGCCCAGCCAAUUCAGUCGUUAAUGAGGCUAGAGAAUGAACCCGGUCUGCAUGCUUUGGUUCCAGAGCGAGAGGACGAGCUUAUUUCCCCGUCACUUUCGGAGCUCGUUGCGUAUUCGCAACUGUUGUCGCCACUUUCCCUUUCUUCGCUUGAAAAAGAUUUCACAUUCUCCUCAGAAAAAUCCAGCAUCAUUGCACUAAGCGAUAUUGAUGGCGAAAAAGUUCGAACCGGUUCUUCAAGCGAAAACAAAUUUUCCCAAUUGUUUUCACCUGGAAUAUUCGAGUCGGGAACUUGUUCCUUUGAAAUUGAUGGUCGCAUCCCAUUUGGGUUGAACUCGGCAACUGUAAAUUCGAAGAGCUUGUCACCUUAUGCCGAUGUUCCGUCAUUGUACCAGCCAAAUGACCCGGCCGUUGGGAAUUGGACAUUCUUGGAAUCGGAGAUUAAGCUCAUCAACUCCAUGAUGGAUGCUUAUUCUUCCAAAACCUGUUAA